AUGAGUGUACUACGUCUGUCAAUAGUUUUUGCAGCAUUAACUUGCAUAUGUGCCCAAAAGCCGUUUUAUGCAUCCAGCAAUAAUCAGUAUCCAAGCGUCUUACCCCAAAAUCUACCACCAAGUAAUUCAGAUGUGGGAAACAGAAUUGGAGAAAACUCCACGCCUGACCCAUUCCUGGGUUCGGAAAAGCAGCCUAUAUACAACGUGGAAAAAGAACUGGUUGACAGAAUAUCAAGCCAGUAUCCCAGAGACAAGCAACCAUUUUGGUAUGUGAAUGCCGCACAGUUGGACAGCAUCAGGUACCAACAGCAACCGGUGAUACAACCAGCUGUUCAACCGGCUGUACUACCAGCUGUGCAACCGGCCGUACAACCGACGAGGCGUCAACAAGUAAACGUUCAACGAAAACAGCGCAAUUGA